AUGGGAAGAGCAGAGAAAAUGAAAGAAGUGUACAAACCACGAACAGAUACAACGGACCUUUAUAAUCAAAGGAACGUGCCAGCCACGGUUUUCUCUCAAUCUCAUAUUCUUCAACAUGGCCCCUCUCAGAUUUCUGCCAUGCCUCAUCCUCUUGUUCCACCUCCUUCUUCCCUCAUAAACACCCUUUUCUUCUUGUCACUCUUCUUCCCAACAUCUAUAUCUAGUGAUGCUGAAGGUUACACAGCAUGUGAACCUUUUAGCUGUGGGAAAUUCAACAAUAUUAGGUACCCAUUUUGGAGUAAGGACCAACAAGAUUAUUGUGGGCAUCCAAAGUUCAUGCUUGAUUGCCAACAAGACAACGUGACAAUUGACAUCAUGUCACAGACAUUCCAAGUCAUUGAUAUGGAUCAGAUAUCUAAGGUUUUGAAGAUUGCAAGGUUGGAUUUAUGGACCAACCCUUGUACUAAUGACUAUGUCAAUGUUAAGUUGGAUUCAAAUUUCUUCAGCAACACUUCCAAUGAUGUUGAGUACACUUUGUUAUAUGACUGCGGCCCUCUUGGAUAUAUGUCUAGCAGUGUGAAUAUGGAGGAGCAAUACAAUUUAAUUGCCCCAAUAGGUGGUGGUCUCCAAGCUGGAUUCUUUGUGUUGAGUACUGAAGUGGUUAAUUUCAAUAGUCUGAGUUGCAAGAAUGGCAUCACUGUUUAUGUUCUAAAAGAGGCUGUGAAGAAUGAUUCGGUUGUGGACAAUGUUUUAGGAAGAGGAUUUGAGGUUGGAUGGAGUGGUGCUAAUGAAGAUCAAUGUAAUGGUUGCUCAAAAUCUGGUGGGAGAUGUGGACACAAAGCAUCUAUGGAUGCAUUUAUGUGUCUCUGUCCUAAUCAGCAAUCUGAUGGUGAGUUUUGUAAGAAUAUCCUAGCAAGGUCCCCAGAACCAACACCUAGAUCAACACCAGAAAAUGGGAAAAAUGUGACAAGGCAGGCACAGCGAGAAAGAGGAUAUUCUCCUCCCGAAAAAAAUUGGAUAUACCGCAAGUUAGAGCAAGAUGAAGAUUUGAGAUCUGACGGGGUGAUAACCACAGAAGAAAGAGAGACAGAAAGGAGAAUGAUUGUACUCUGUCCCAGGAAAGAAAGCAUUUGUUCUAUGUCUGACACUAGAAGGACACUGAAGUAUGUUGCUCCAGAAAUGGUAAAUACUCAUUCUGGUGGGGUUUCGCACAAGUCCGAUGUUUAUAGUUAUGGGAUGAUGAUGCUGCUAGAAGUGAUAGGAGGGAGGAAGAACAUAAAUGUUGAAGCUAAUCAUACAAGUGAUAUACUUUCUCCAUUUGAUACAGAGGAGACUUGA